CACUUUUCCAGCUCAUGCACACACAAGCCUGGACACAAUGCUUCUACAGAGCCUAUGGGAUCUCAUAUUGGGGUAUAAUGCUUGGCUUAUGUCGCCUUUCUUCCCUGUGCUUUUCUCACUCAGUGUCUACCUCGCCUUCUGCCUGCCCUUCGUGGUGCUGGACCUCCUCUCCCCCAGGCUGGCCUGGAUCAGGACCUUUAAGAUCCAGCAGAAGAGCCAUGUCUCCUGGACUAUGAUGUGGAGCUGCCUGGCUCACUCCCUCUACAACCAUGUGGUGUUCCUCUUCCCUCUCACUGUGCUGCACUGGUACUGGAGACCAGCCAGCUUCAUAGCCGAAGCCCCCGGGACGCUGCGUCUCAUCUGGGACGUGGUCGCCUGCCUCCUGCUCUUCGACUUUCAGUCUUUCAUCUGGCAUAUGCUGCACCACAAGGUGCCCUGGCUGUACCGGACAUUCCACAAGGUGCACCACAUGCACACAACAACCUUCGCCCUGACCACUGAGUACUCUGGGGCCUGGGAGACCCUGUCUCUGGGAUUCUUCUCGUCGGUUAACCCUCUGCUGCUGGGCUGCCACCCCCUGACAGAGAUGCUCUUCUAUGUACUGAAUAUCUGGCUUUCUGUGGAGGACCACUGUGGCUAUGACCUGCCCUGGUCCACACAUAGACUGGUGCCCUUUGGGCUCUACGGUGGAGCUCCGCACCAUGACAUGCACCACCUGAAGUUCAAAUCCAACUACGCUCCGUACUUCACACACUGGGACAGGCUUUUUGGGACCUUGCACAAGAGCUCUGACUGAAUUUAUGCACAGAAGAAGGUGCAAAUGGACAUGUUGAAUAUCUUUUAUAUUAAAAGAAUGGGAUACCGAGUGCAGGCACUUUGUGAUGUAUUGUAUCAUAUGUUGAUGUUAUUUAUCUUAGUUAAGAUAGAGCUGUUUUAAUCUAAGUAUUUAUUUAACCGAAUGUGUUAUUUAUUAUAGCGGAUUUUCUAUGACUCUUGUAUAUGAAGGUUAUCUCUAAAGAUUCAUGCUAUGGACUCUACGAUUUACAAACACAUAUUGUUGUAUGUGGAUCAAUUAUAGGUCACAUUUCAAAACUGAAAACAUUAACCAGUUUAGACCUUUGAUGCCAGUUAAAUGAACUAUCGGAAUGAAUUUGACUGGGAUUGAAUGACUGAAGACUAUUGAAAUGUUUGUGUUAACUUCUCAGUGCUACUGGGUGAGCAUCACUGAACAAAAUGUUCAGCUGUUUCAAGCUGUAUGCAUUAUUACAAAGGGAUGAACCCCUCAUUUUUGUUACAAAACAAGAAGCAAUAAAACUAAUAUCAGAAAUGGUCUCUGCGGCUCGCUGUCAUUCAUCUACAUUAUUCAUAAGCUUUUUAGUUUCUGUCCUUGGUUUAUAGAGAUGACAGUCUCAGAUGUCAUUAAGAACAAAGCUGCGUGAGAACAACCAGGAGACAGUCUACCAGAGGGUUUUAUAUGAUACAUACGUAUUUGCAAGUUCAAGCACCUUCUCUUGCAUUACCA